AUGCCUUCAAUAGCACCUCUGGAAGAGGACUGGACAUUAGAUAUUCAGUAUGUACCUGAAACUACGGUGCGGUUAGGAACCAACUUAGAUCCAACCAAUAUCAGAGAAGGGUCUGAUGUAUAUUUCGACUGCAUCAUAAAGGCACACCCUUACGUCUACAAAGUGGAAUGGAGGCAUAAUAGUAAAACCUUAUUACACAACGUCGGUCAAGGCGUCAUCAUCAGCAACCAGUCCCUUGUCUUGCAAGGCGUCGGCAGAAGAACAGCAGGAAAUUACACAUGCGUCGGUUUCAAUGCAGAAGGCGAUGGUGAAAGCAAACCUUUUUCGCUAGAUGUGCUGUACGCCCCAACCUGUAGAAGUUCUCAGCAGAGGGUGCACGGUGUAGCAAAACAGGAACGAGCCCACAUCACAUGUCACGUUGACGCGAACCCUCCUGAAGUUAUUUUUCGUUGGACCUUCAACAAUACAGCGAACAGCAACGAGGUCAGCGAUACGUACGUGUCGCGUACGGGAACCAGCUCGACGGUCACGUACACGCCACACACGGAGAUGGAUUAUGGCACCCUACUAUGCUGGGCACACAAUAGGAUAGGAAAACAGAGGGAGAUAGUUGCCAACGUUUCAAGUGCUGUACCCCGGUUUAUGGCAGUCGGUCUACAGCCAGGAAAAACAUAUGCUGCGGCAGUAUUAGCCUACAACGCUAAAGGAAGAGGAGAUCCUUACCCGCUGAGAGCUAGUACUGUGAGACCGCCGGAGAAACACCAUGUUCAUGACAAAAGUCUUGAAUCAACCAGGUCAGCAUUCCAAAUGUCUGGGGCGAUGUCAGCAGCUGUUGGCGGAGGUGGGGUAUUAAUGGUGGUGUUUGUGCUCUUCAUGAUAGCAGUUAGACAUAAGUGUGCGAAAAGGAAACCUAGAUCGGUCCCACCUCCGUCCUCGCAGCCAGCGUCUCCAGAUAAAUUUAGAGAGAAGGACGACAGUGAGAGUGAUGACCGAAACCCGGACAUCAUACCAUCUGACACAGAUCAGAUGCAGUUCAGGAUACCUUAUAACCCGUCCUCACCGCAGAUGGAUUACUAUCGUCAGCAGCAAGUGUCUACUAUCUCACCCCCUCCUGGAAACAGAGGACCUAGAGGCAGCGUAGCUGGAGUCCGAGGAGGACUACCAGCCUACUGCGCACUUCGAACUGCACCACCACCUUCACAUCCUGCAAUGCAUGAACCAACGAAUGCUACAUCGAGCAUCCCGCCUCCCGCGCGUUUCGCCAGCGGUUCUUGUACUUUACCACGGGGUUCAACGAUCGCUGCGCAAACAGAUGGGCGAUGUGGUAUACCUCUACAGCAUCUCCGCACUCUGCCGCGGCCGCUGCCUGCUCCAGCGCCCGCGCCCGCACCCCGCACCACCCCGCGCGACACGCCCCUCUGA